AAGUCGGCCUUCUCUGGAAAGACCAAUAUAAGUGCACGGGUAGAUCUGGGCUUCUCACUCAUCGUUACCGCUCCCCAACUGUUUAACUUAGGAUAUUUCUAGAAACGUAGAAGAGAAAUGAGUCGGAGCUUAGGGAUUCCGGUGAAGCUGCUGCACGAGGCGUCUGGGCAUGUGGUGACGGUGGAGCUCAAGAGCGGCGAGCUCUACCGCGGAAGUAUGAUCGAGUGCGAGGACAACUGGAAUUGCCAACUUGAAAACAUCACCUACACUGCCAAGGAUGGAAAGGUCUCGCAACUCGAGCAUGUUUUCAUUAGAGGCAGCAAAGUCAGGUUCAUGGUCAUCCCAGAUAUGCUUAAGAACGCUCCCAUGUUCAAGCGUUUGGAAUCUAGAAUCAAGGGCAAGGGUUCGUCACUUGGAGUAGGACGUGGGCGUGCUGUUGCAAUGCGAGCUAGGGCUCAGGCUGCUGGUCGAGGAGCACCUCCAGGUAGAGGUUCUGCACCACCAGUGCGGAGGUGAUUGUAGUCAGGCAAUUGGUGUUGAAUGCUGCUGUAAAGUGGGCGUAUCCAUUGAUCGCAUUCUUAACCUAUACUUGGUCUUUGAUUUCUAAUUUCCCUUUGUUUGAAUGUGAGAACUUGCUAUGGCUGAGAUAGAUGAGAAUCGACUAGUUUUUGGAUAGACUGGUUGUGGUUUUGUAGUAAUGUUUUGGAUUGCUGGAAUGUGCAGUUUAUGACUCUUUGUGGUGAAAGUUAUCAAGUUCUCAAGAAGGCUUGUAUUAUGUAUGAAAAUUUGAUCCACUUUUUAAAUAUGAAUGAAAUAGUUAUACAUGUAUAUAUGAAAAA